AUGCCUUUUCUGCUGUGCUUGAAAAAAAAGAAGUCACCUGUGCCUUUAGGCAGGAGUGUCUUUCAAAAACACACCCCUCCCAUCCAGCAGAACUACCAGGCUUUGCUGGAGUCGUGCUUGAAGAACAAAUGCUUGUUCACAGAUGACACCUUCCCUGCUCACAUCAGCUCCAUUGGAACAGGAGCACUGCUAAAGAAACUGCCCCACAAUUUACAGUGGAAGAGGCCACACGCUUUGCACAAAAGUCCCGUAUUUUAUGCUGCACACAGAAAGCAGCCUGAUCUCUGCCAAGGAUUGGUGGAGAACUGCUGGUUCCUGGCGGCCCUGGAAGCCCUGACAUUCCACCAGGACAUCUUGGCUGCAGUUGUGCCACAAAACCAGAGCUUUGAGAGGAAAUACGCGGGCAUUUUCCACUUCCGGUUCUGGCACUUCGGGGAAUGGAUUGACGUGGUGGUUGAUGAUCUCCUGCCGGUGAAUGAGGCCGGGGAGCUGCUCUUUGUUUCCUCAGUCUAUAAGAACGUGUUUUGGGGAGCCCUUCUGGAAAAGGCAUAUGCUAAACUCUAUGGCUCCUAUGAAGAUCUGCAGAUUGGGCAAGUUUCAGAAGCCUUGGUGGAUUUUACAGGGGGUGUCAAUACAAGGAUCAAGCUUGCAGAAGCUCCUCCUGAUAUGUGGGAUAUACUGACAAGAGCCACCUACAGCAGAUCUCUCAUGGGCUGUCAGACACACUUAGGGACAACAAAGGUCCUGAAGAAUGGGCUUGUUGCUGGCCAUGCCUACACAGUAACUGGUAUUAGAAAGGUGACCUGUCAAUAUGGACCAGAAAACCUAGUGAGACUGAGAAAUCCAUGGGGAAAAAUUGAGUGGAAAGGAGACUGGAGUGACAGCUCUUACAAGUGGGAGCUGCUGAGCCCGAAGGAGAAGAUUUUACUGAGGAAAAAGAAGGACGAUGGAGAAUUCUGGAUGUCUCUGCAAGAUUUUAAGAUUCAUUUUGUAGAUCUGGUGAUCUGUAAGUUAACUCCAGACCUGAUGAGCCAGGAAGAUGGGAAAAAGUGGAUGUACUCCUUGAAGAGUGGGAGAUGGGUUAAAGGAAGUACAGCAGGAGGAAGUCUGGGAUUCUGUAACGGCAACUUUUGGAUGAACCCUCAGUACUGGCUGAAUGUGUUGCCAGUUGAAGACAGUAAGAAAAGCCCAAGUACAUGCAAUGUGGUUAUAUCCCUCAUGCAGAAACACAGCACCAAACACCGGAACCGAGCCCCUCACCUUUUCAUUGGAUUUUUACUCUAUAAGGUGCAAAGAAUUUACCAGGAGAGCAACAGAAAGCUGCCCCCGGGUUUCUUCGCCCGACAUCAGCCUGUGAACAAGCACCAGGUUUUCCUUGAUGAGCGGGAAGUGACUCAUGACUUCCAUCUGGAGCCUUGUGUCUACGUGAUUGUCCCAUCCACCCUGGAGCCUCAGCAGGAGUCUGAGUUCAUCCUGCGGGUCUUCUCCAGGAAGCACAUUCUUCGGGAAAUGGGCGGGAACACGAGCUUCACUCUCUCUAAGGAAAUUGUUGAUAGGUAUGAAGGCAAGAUUUGGGAGGAUUUCUUCACAAAGCAUUUUGAACAGAAUCCUGAAAUAAAUGCUGUUCAGCUCCAGAGGAUCUUGAAUAAUAUAUCUUGGAGAAAUUUCCAGAGUUUCCGCCUGAAUUUCAGUCUGGAUUCCUGCCAGGGUAUCUUGGCACUCCUGGAUCUGAAUGCCACUGGCACACUGAGUAUCCAGGAAUUCAGAGUCCUGUGGAAGAGGCUGCUUUUCUAUUUGGAAGUUUUCCAGAAGAGAGACACCAAGAGAUCAGGAAAGCUUGACCUUGUGGAACUGCACGCAGCUGUACAGGAGACAGGCAUUUCACUCAGCAAUGAAGUCUGUAAUUUGAUGGCAAUCAGAUAUGGUGACCCUGACUUACAGAUCAGUUUUGAGAGCUUUGUUUGCUUCAUGCUUCGAGUGGAGAUCAUGGGAGAGGCCUUUCGCAACUUAACACAAGAUGGCAAAGGGAUAUACCUCCGGGAGUCUGAGUGGAUGAUGAUGACACUUUAUUCCUGAAGCAAGGCUGUCGAGGAGGAGACAACCAGACCUGUACCAGGAUGAGGAACGCCGCCUUGUUUCAACUUUUUACUUCAUAUGAAAAGUCUUCCUCAAGCAGACUUAACAUGAUAACCACAGACUUUGUGAACUGAAGUUUUACUAAUUAAUGUAUUUAUUUUGAGUCCUAUUUCACUUCAGACAACCCUACUAAGGAGAGACCGUUGGAUGCCAAUUACCACAAGUGCGCAG